AUGCAUUUCUCCUCACUCUCUUUGUCGCUGACGGCGUUGACCCUCGUCAGCCCUUGUACGGCCUUUCCGCAAACCCGAUUUGGCCAGCCCGUCCUGCGCACUGAAGCCAAUACCCAAUCGCGCGCCGACGCCGUCAAAGAGGCCUUUUCCCACGCUUGGGAUGGCUACUACCGAUAUGCCUUCCCUCACGACGAGCUGCACCCCAUCUCCAAUGGCUAUGGGGAUUCCCGCAACGGAUGGGGAGCGUCCGCAGUGGAUGCUCUUUCAACUGCGGUGAUUAUGCGCAAUGUGACCAUUGUCAAUCAAAUCCUCGAUCAUGUAGCAAAAAUUGACUACUCGAGCACCAGCGACACGGUCAGCCUGUUCGAGACCACCAUCCGCUACCUUGGCGGCAUGCUGUCAGGCUAUGACUUGUUGAAGGGUCCUGCCGCCGAUCUGGUGCAUAAUUCGUCCAAAGUCGAGACUUUGCUCACCCAGUCCAAGGCUCUGGGCGACGUACUCAAGUUUGCUUUUGACACUCCGUCGGGCGUUCCGUACAACAAUGUCAACAUCACCUCCAAAGGCAACGACGGAGCCACCACCAAUGGCCUUGCAGUCACCGGCACCCUCGUCCUCGAAUGGACGCGCUUAUCCGACUUAGUCGGAGACUCCACCUAUGCUGACCUUAGCCAGAAGGCUGAGUCGUAUUUGCUGAACCCGCAACCCCAGUCUGCCCAGCCCUUCCCCGGGUUGGUAGGGAGCAACAUCAACAUCGCGACCGGCCAAUUUGCUGAUGGGGCCGUGAGCUGGAACGGCGGUGACGAUUCGUACUACGAGUAUCUGAUCAAGAUGUACGUGUACGAUCGCAACCGAUUCGGGACAUACAAGGACCGCUGGGUGGCGGCGGCCGAGUCGACCAUGAAGCACCUGGCGUCGCACCCGUCCACGCGUCCUGAUCUGACUUUUCUGGCCUCGUACAACAAUGGCAAGCUUGGCCUGAGCUCACAGCACCUGACCUGCUUUGAUGGAGGUAGUUUCCUGCUCGGAGGCACGGUACUGGACCGCUCCGAUCUUAUCGAUUUCGGUCUAGAGCUAGUCAAUGGCUGCCACGACACCUACAACUCAACGCUAACUGGUAUCGGUCCAGAGCAAUUCAGCUGGGACCCUAACUCUGUCCCCGCCAGCCAGCAGUCUUUGUUCGAGAGUGCUGGAUUCUACAUCACCAGUGGCGCCUAUAUCCUCCGACCGGAAGUUAUUGAGAGCUUCUACUACGCCUGGCGCGUGACUGGCCAAGAGAUUUAUCGCGAAUGGAUCUGGAGUGCCUUCCAGUCCAUCAACAAGUACUGCCGCACAGAUACGGGCUUUGCCGGCCUGACCAAUGUCAACGCCGCCAAUGGCGGUAACCGCUACGAUAACCAGGAGAGUUUCAUGUUCGCCGAGGUCCUGAAAUACUCGUACCUGGCGUUCGCGCCAGAGGAUGAGUGGCAGGUGCAGAAGGGGACUGGGAAUAAGUUUGUUCUGAACACCGAGGCUCACCCUGUGCGGGUCUACAGUACAUAG